AUGGCAGUCGCGGACGUCCAAUGUGGCCUAGGAGCGAUCGGGACACGCGCGGCGAGACUCGUCGGAGGACAAAACGCUAUACCGCACGAAUUCCCAUGGAUGGUGAGCAUAAGCAGAAAAGGAGGACACUUCUGCGGCGGUACCAUUCUUAAUGCAAGAUUCGUUCUGACUGCAGCGCACUGCUUGGCAACGUCCGUGAUCCCGGUUGGUCAGCUGCGGGUCAGCCUGGGGGAGUACAAUCUAAGGGGACCGGAAGUGCCACCGUCGAAGGAAGAGAGGGUGACGAAUGCUAUUUUGCACCCGGACCACAAAUGCGGAAAAUACCUAGACGAUAUUGCCCUCUUGGAACUUGCGAGGCCAAUCGCUUGGUCGGAAAGCGUGAAACCCGCCUGUUUACCUGUGGCCACAGGGAAACCAGGGUACAGCGCCUUCGGCGGGGAACUUGCCAAAGCGGCCGGUUGGGGCUGGCUCGGCGAAAACAGGACCAAAUACAAACGAGCGGACGUCUUGCAGAAAGUGGACGUUCGCGUGAUCGAGAACAAGGUUUGUCGCGAAUGGUACGCCAGCGAGGGCAAGUCGACGCGGGUGGAGGCGAAGCAAAUGUGCGCCGGCCACGAAGAAGGCGGCCGCGACUCUUGCUGGUCUGACAGUGGCGGACCUUUGAUGAUCGGAAGUCAUACUGGCAGUAACAUGAUGGUUGUGGGGAUAGUCUCGUCAGGGGUAGGAUGUGCCCGACCCCGACUUCCUGGUGUAUAUACUCGAGUGUCGGAAUAUACACCUUGGAUCGCGCAAAAUGCGCUUCCAAUACGAUGA